GAAAAAGUCUGCGGGAGAUAGAAGCGAGGCGCAGAGAAACAAGAGGGUCGGCUCUGCUCGUUUCGGUUCCGUGGAGACGCGCCGCUGCGGGGGCUGCCGGUGAGGAUGGUGAUGUGGAGAGGACUCGACCCCGCGACAUCGUCUCAACACCAGGGAUGAAUAUUUAGACUUGUCGCAUUCCGCUGCUCCUGCACGACCGACGGCAGCGCGACUCCUCCAAACUUCGACCUGCGCCAUUCAGACCCGGGCGACCUCCUCCCUCCUCCCCUCAGAGGCUCGGGGGCAACUUUUUUUUUUUGGCAUCAGACUGCUGCGUGAAAAAUAUUCCGGCACAUAACUUUUUUUUUCUUCCAACAAGUGUGUCGAGAUAAAAACGCGCGCGCCUCGGUGAAGUUUAGCCGCUUUCUCUUUUCAACUCCCACAAAACCGAGCCAACGGUCGGUCGGUCGGUGGGUCGGCGGGGGGGGGCAGGUUCUACCCUCACGCGCCGCUCGUGAGAACAACACCGGAGGAAGGAGUGGGGUGUCACUGCUAACGGCGCUAGCGCACUCGGCUACACGCGAGCUAACGAGAGUCCAAAGUUCCGAGAGUCGACGUGGAAAGUGACCGGAGCAGCGCGGAGAUGAAGACCCCGGCGGACCCCGGGUUCGCCUUCCCGGACUGGGCCUACAAGCCCGAGUCGAGCCCGGGCUCCCGGCAGAUCCAGCUGUGGCACUUCAUCCUGGAGCUGCUGAGGAAAGAGGAGUACCACGACGUCAUCGCCUGGCAGGGAGACUACGGCGAGUUCGUCAUCAAGGACCCGGACGAGGUGGCCCGGCUCUGGGGGGCCCGCAAGUGCAAACCGCAGAUGAACUACGACAAGCUCAGCCGAGCUCUCAGAUACUACUACAACAAGAGGAUCCUCCACAAGACCAAAGGGAAGAGGUUCACCUACAAGUUCAACUUCAACAAGCUGGUGCUGGUCAACUACCCCUUCAUCGACAUGGGCUCCGGCCGUGUCCCUCACAGCGCCCCCCCGGCGCCGACCGGCGGCAGCCACUUCCGCUUCCCGCCCUCCACGCCGUCGGACGUGCUCUCCUCCAGCGAGGAGCUGCGCAGCCCGGGCCUGUUCAGCAGCGUGGCCCGCCGCAUGGCCCGCGGCUCCGUGAGCGACUGCAGCGACGGCACCUCCACCAACUCUGAGCUGGAGGAGGCCGUGGGCGCCGAGGAGCGCGGCGCGGGGCCCUACCGGGGCCUGCUGCCCCCCCGCCUGCCCCACGAGUCUCUCUUCAGGAUCUACCCCAACCCGGGGCUGUCGCGCCACGGGCCCCGGGGCCACCCCGACUCGCUGUCUCCGUUCCCGGGGUCCCCGCUGCCCGGCCCCGGGGGCCUCCUGGCCCCGACUCUGUCCCCGGCCCUGUCGAUGACGCCCACCCCGCACCUGCCCUACACCCCCUCCCCCUCCCUCUCCUCCCCCAUGCUGGGCUCCCACUUCUCCUUCAACCCGGAGGACAUGAAGCACUACCUGCAGGCCCACAACCAGUCGGUCUACAACUACCACCUCAGCCCGCGGGCCUUCCUCCACUACCCCAACAUCAUCAUCCCUCAGCCGCACCGCCCCACCCUGGAGAAGCCGGCCGUCCAUCACCUCCACCCGCCCCUGCCGCCGCUCUCUCAUUCGCUCGGCGGCGGCGAGGAGCAGCAUCCCUCGCCGUUCAAGUUCAAGCUGCAGCCGCCGCCGCUCGGCCGCAAGCAGAGGGAGUCCGAGAGCUCGCUGGCCUCCUCCUCCUGCUCCUCCUCCAGCCAGUCGGCGUCGUACACGGGGACCAGUCACAUCGUGACCUCGGGGCCGCCCACGAUUAAGGUGGAGCCUGUCUCCGACAUUGAGUCUGAGGAAGAGGUGGAGGUGACGGACAUCAGCGAGGAAGACGACCUCAACCAGAACGACCGCGACGACGAGAGAGACAUCUUCUCCCCGACGGCUCACCACCACCAGCUCAACAACCACCACCGGGCCCACGGCCUCCCCGCCCCCCCGCACCCUGACGAUGACGACGACGACGUCUUCAAGACCCCCGCCACCCCGACCAUCGGUGGUAGCGGUGGUAGCGGCGGUGGCGGCAGUAGUGGUGGCGGUGGCGGUAGCGGUGGCGGUAGCGGCGGCGGCGGUGGCCUAGCCGUCCUCCCCCCGGUCCUCCUUAAGAGCGAGCCGGGCCAGGCGGCGCCCAUCAGCCCCGGCGGCACGCUGUGCAUCCCGCUCAAGCUGCGCUUCAAGCGCCGCUGGAGCGAGGACCAGAAGAUGGAGGCGGGCGGCGAGCGGGACGAGGCGGAGGACAAGAAAGUGAGGGCCGAGGAGGAGCGGGAGGGGAGGAGAGAGGGCACGGGGGAGGUGGCAAAUGGAGGAGGAGGAGGAGGAGGAGGAGGAGGAGGAAUCUUGGGCUUGAUGCUGCCGCCGCCGCCCACCCAGCGCAGAGCGAGCUCUGAGCUGCAGAGAGCCACCGCACAGCUGUCUCUGGAGAACACUGGCUGCUGAGCAUCACACACACACACGCACACACACACACACACACACACACGCACACACACACGCACACACACACGCACACACACUCUACUUGGAUACUAAACACACGACUCCGAGUCUACAGACCUAACAGUUUCAGACCAUCAUGCCUUGUAGCUUUUUGACAGCGCCGGUGACCGCCGUGGGUUUCGUGUGCCGGUACCUGAGCGGCGGUCAUGUGACCUCGUCUCUGACCUCACGGCGCUCCAACAAUGUUUCCCUGCUCGUGUUCCAGGUGCUCACAGUAGAGGAGAACAAGAGGGUGCCACCGCCUCUCAGGUUCUGUCCUUCUUUCCUCCUCCUCAGUGAGUUCUGACAGCGUCAGACACCAAGACCCGAUAGAACCACGAGAACACAGAGUGGUGGGUUCUGAUGAGCUGCAGACCCGUCACGCCCCCUAGGACACCAAGAGGGGACCGGCCUCCCCCUUGUUUCCACAUGAGAACAAUCAAAUAACAAAAUGACAAAGAUUCUCACCCGAAAGUGGUCAGCCCUCCUCCUCCUCUUCUUCACAUCAUCACCCCUCCCCAAUGACAGACGAGCAGAUACUAACGUUACUACAACAACACUUUCAGCCCCGAUGGAGAUGACUGAAGUGGCCCUCGGUCCAAGAUGGAGGCCAGUGAGGGGAGAAGAACAGCGACCUCUGACCUCUCAGACUGAAGAGCUCUGGGACACGGAGAGGCUGCAUCCAGGUCUCUUCGACCUCCUCGUCCUCCUCCGCUCGUUCACGACACUGUACAAAGACAUGACACGGGGGCGGAGUCUGGAGGACCUCUGGACCCGCCCCCCCCCCUCUCCUCCUGUCGAGGAAGCCGACUCGGUUCUGUGUGCGCUGGACCCGAAGCUGGAGGACACCGACCCAGCAGCUCACCGAGCGUCCUCUCUCCCUGUUGUUCCGGAAGCUCCCGGAUCAGCAGAUCUCCUCUGCAUUCCCCUUGUUGUUGUUGUUUGUUGUUGUUUUUUUAAGACUGUAUUAUUACAUGGGACAGUAUUUUAGGGGCAUUCUCAGUGAUGACAGAUAAGCAACGCUUGGAGCUGAUUGGUUUAUAUGGGGGGGGGGGGGGGGUCGAGGUUAAACUCGGAUGAACUUUCACUGAGAUGUUAAAAAAAAAAAAAACUUGUAUUUUCAUGAUGUUUUACUCAAAGUUAGAGGGGGGGGGGGGCGCUGCGCUCAUUUUAACGAACAAUUCCAAAUAAUAUUGUGCCUUUAAUAAGCCAACAAGAGUUUUAUCACGUUACCCUCACCAUGUUCUAUCACACACACACACACACACACAGUACCGCCAUGCCUUCUGGGUUUUUUUUUACAAAAGAGAGAUACAGAAUAAUUAAAUCUACACAUAUAUUUUAUUCAAAUAUAUAUAUUGAAUUCAAAUAUUAUAUUUCACUACGGUCAUUUGAUACAAAUCAGGAACGUCCUAUUUCUAACGGUGAGAUGUGUGUGUGUUGUGCGUAUCGGUGUCCUUCUUCUCCCGGCCGCCGGCAUCAGAGUUUAUAUUUAUAUUCUCCACGCUCUAAUUCUUCUCUUUUUUAAAAGCAGUGGUUGUGUAUUCGGGGCGUGGCGAGCGAGUCUCCUGGGGUCACACGUGUGUGUUCUUUACAUCGCCGGAGUAGCCGAUGGGCGGGGUCUUACCACACACACACACACAGAGACAGACCGGGUGAUUCUGAUUGGUCGACAGCGGGUCUUUCCAGCUCUGCUCACCUCGUCUCACAGCGGGCGAUACCAACAGACUUUGGGUCGAGUGCGAACUCUGGACUCGACACGCUUUGUGUGAUCAGAGUGUGUACGGGCUGAACCCUACACACACACACACACACACACUGUCCUGGUUACACUGAGGCUUUACUGUGGCUAGAAUAAAGGGAAACAUGACAUCACAUGUGACUUCAGAAACCCCCACAGUCUUUCUGGAGUAGACGGCAAACCAUAGAAACUACACACAUAAACACACACAGAGACACUGACACACACACACACACACACACGGAGGAAAUGGCGUCAUAAAACCUCCCCAUGGAGAGGGAGAAGGACUUCCCGACUCACAUAGCUCUUUCUGCUUGGUGUGUGUGUGCGUGCACGUGUGGUUGCCAUAGUUAUGCCUUAAUGCACACACACACACACACACACACAACUCAUCCCCUCAGAUGAAGUCUCAGUUUUGGGUUAUUAAGUCCUUUUCUAGUCCAGGUUGUCCAAAAUACACACGGUCUUGUGUGUGUUUUAUUUUGAAACUAUUUUCCUUCACCACACACACACACACAGCAAACGCUCGUACGUAAGUUUUAAUUGGCUUGUUUUACGUGGUCAGUGGAGGUCACUAACAGCUCCAUCGACUAAUCAAGUUAACUUUCGGGACUUUGAAGGAGAGUCGAGUGUAGAGAAGAACAUGAGCUGGUCUGUUACACACACACACACACGCCAGCAUCACCGGUUUCUCGCCCCACGCCCGAUUAUUGUCGUUCUGUAUUAUUUGCUGCCGUAUUCCUGUAACUCUUGUAAUUCUCUUAUUAACAUGUUUAUGAUUAUUCUGAGCCCUCCUGCCGUGGCCCCGCCCCUCUCGCUCCCUCCUGCUCGUGGCCCGCCCCUUUCUCUUCUUCAUGUAUUUCCUGUACGUCUUCGUUCCAGUCGUGCACUCUGUACCAUGAACUUCGGCGCGUUUGGCGUCGGUGCAUUUUAUCAUGUAUUAAUUUUAUUUUAUUUUGUGUUGAUUUUAUAACCACGUGAACCCGGACAGGAGGAGGUCACAUGACCCCACGUGACACACGGCAGGGGAGAGGAGACGUUUCUAUGUUGUACAUAUCUACUACUCUUCCCCUCUCGGUGGGUUCUGUAAGAAAAACAAGCUUUGUACUGUUUACCUUUGUAUUAUUUGACAUGUGACCCCCCCCCCCUCCCUCUGUCCUCGUUGUCAGAGACCUUUUUCCAGUUCUGUUCCCAUCAUGGAGGAUCCACCUGUACUGAGUUUCUCUUCUGUCUGUUCCUCUUCAUUUGUAAUUAAACAAUAAUCAGGGUUCAUUAAAAAAAGGUUUAAAAAAACAA